AUGGCAGACUCCAACUCCGUCGAAAAAGGCGCGUACGUCCAAGAUGUGCCGGUGUCUCCAACGGCCUCAACCACGGAGCAUGGUUUCGAUCGCGCUGCCGAACGGCGACUUAUCAGAAAGUUGGAUAUGCGGAUCUUGCCAGUGCUCUGGAUCUUAUAUCUUGUCAACUUCAUUGACCGAGCCAACAUCGGCAACGCAAAGAUUCAAGGCAUGGAGAAAGAGCUAAAUCUGAUUGGUCAACGUUUCAACAUCGCCGUGUGGGUCUUCAACCUGGGGUAUCUAGUCGCUGGCGUGCCGUUGCAGAUCGCCUUCAAGAAAUACGGACCGAAGAGUCUCUGUGUGAUGAUGUUCUGCUGGGGCAUUACGGUCAUCGGGUGCGGACUGGUCAAACGAUGGGAGGAGCUUGUAGUCUGUCGCUUGCUAGAGGGCAUCGCCGAAUCUGCAUACAUCAGCGGAGCGGCAUACUUGAUCGGCGCAUACUACUCGAAGCGUGAAUAUCUGACUCGCUACGUCUUUUUCUGCACGGCUGGCAUCGUUGCAGGUGCGAUCAACGGGUUCCUUUCAUCGCUCAUUGCAAAAAUGGAUGGAACAGCUGGGUACGGAGCUUGGAGGUGGAUCUUCAUCAUUGAAGGCUGCGUCACGAUCUUCGUUAGCAUGGCAUGCUGGCCUGUCGUUCCUCCUUUCCCAGAGAACUGCACCUUCCUGUCCCCGGAAGAUAAAGCGCUCAUGCUCGCACGUAUCCAAGCCGACGGUGGCCACGUAUCUGACGAUGAAAUUUCGUUCAAGAAGGCCUUGCAUUUUCUCAAAGAUUGGAAGAUUUGGGCGGGCGUCGCAAUGAAUCUCGGCGUCACCGAGAACGCAAACUCGCUUGCCAACUUCCAACCCACAAUCCUCAAAGGUCUAGGCUACACAGCCACCCAAGCACAAGUCCAUACAAUCCCUGUGUAUCUUGUCGGCGCUGCCUUCUCGGUCAUCUUCGCCUACACGUCUGAAUGGUUGAACCGCCGCUACCUUUUCUAUGUUCUAGGCUGGGCCGUCCUCGCGUCCGGUUUGAUUGUAGAAAUUGUGUAUCCAACGAACCCAAAAGUGCGAUACAUGGGCAUGUUCUUCAUUGCUUCCGGCUGCUAUCUCGCGAUGCCGAUAUCAAUCAUCUGGGUGUCAAUGAACUGCGGAUCUGGGUAUAAACGUGCUGUGGCUAUCGCUGCCAUUAUCAACUUUGGAACUGCUGGAGCGUUUGUGAGCUCGAACGUCUUCUUAUUCAAGGAGGCGCCUCGAUUCCGUACCGGAUUCAGCACAGGUCUUGGGUUGGCGUGUAUGGGUGUCGUGGCUGCGACGAUUACUUGGUUUGGGUGCAAGAAAGAGAACAAGAGACGCGACGAAGCAAGGUUGCAAAUGCCAGAAGUGCUUGACCAAAGCAUGAAGGAACUGGGUGAUGAGCAUCCAGACUAUCGUUUCGCGCUGUAA